AUGGCAGACGACCGCGAUUAUGAAGACGAAAGGGAGCACGAGGUCGAGAUGAACGAGAGCCCCGACCCCAUUGCCAAGGCUGUCCUGCCCAGCACGGGAGAAGACGUCAUGGGCGAAAAAGAGGUCGUCGUCGGCGCCAUGGAGCAGAAUUCCGACCUGGACGACGAGGAGGUCAGCCGCGAGCAGACAAUGCAGCGUCAGGAGCUGGAUCGAACCCGGAGCGCUGCCACCGAUGCCAGUGCAGCCAGUGCCGCUACAUCGGCCCCCGAGACGAUGCCGCCGUCCUGGAUCAGAAAGAUCAAUCCCCUGCGCUGGGGCUCCGUGCCACCUGUUCCCGCCGAACGGGUCGAAUGUCCCGAGGCCACGGCCACCUUCUUCAGCCGCCUAAGCUUCCACUGGCAGGCCAGCAUGAUGCGGGUUGGAUACAAACGUCCCCUCGAGAAGAACGACAUCUGGCUGGUGAAUCACAACCGUGCGGUCAAGCCCAUGUCUGAACGUGUCCGCGAGUCGUUCAAGCGUCGUGUGGCCAACGGCGACAAGCAUCCCCUCCUCUGGGCCCUGAACGAGGCCUUUUUCGUCGAGUUUUGGCUGGGCGGCCUCUUCCAGUUGUCCUCCACCAUCUUCCAGGUCCUCUCUCCCUUCAUCCUGCGCUACCUCAUCAAGUUCGCCACCAAGGCUUACAGGGCAAACCAUGACGGAGGUCCGGCUCCGCACAUCGGCCACGGCAUCGGCCUCGUCUUCGGCAUCACCAUCAUGCAGAUCUGCCAGAGCCUGGGCACGAACCACUUCAUCUUCCGCGGCAUGAUGAUCGGUGGCCAGGUUCGCGCUACCCUGAUCAACCUGAUCUAUGAGAAGAGCAUGGUGAUUUCCGCCCGUGCCAAGGCUGGCGGUGUCGCUCCGGGUGAAAAGACCGAACCCGUCAAGGCUGAAGACAGGACCAACGGCGAGAAAGGCGACAAGCCAAGGACCAAGGACAAAGAGAGCGCUCUGGCCGUGUCUGUCGACGGUGUCGGAUGGGGCAACGGACGCGUCGUCAAUCUGAUGGGCGUCGACACCUAUCGCGUAGACCAGGCCUGCGGUCUGUUCCACAUCAUCUGGGCCGCCCCCCUCUCUUGCCUCAUCACACUUGCCCUCCUCCUGGUCAACCUGACCUACUCUGCGCUGGCUGGCUUUGGCCUUCUCAUCGUCGGCAUCCCGCUGCUCACUCGGGCCAUGAGAAGUCUCUUCGUGCGCCGCAAGCAGAUCAACCGCGUCACCGACCAGCGCGUCUCUCUCACCCAGGAGAUCCUCUCGUCUGUUCGCUUCGUCAAGAAUUUCGGCUGGGAGAGCUCCUUUCUCGCUCGCCUGGAAGAAUACCGUGCCACUGAGAUCAGGAUGAUUCAGGUGCUGCUCUCCAUCCGCAAUGCCAUCAUGGCCAUCAGUCUCGCCCUUCCCAUCUUUGCUUCUAUGCUCGCCUUCAUCACCUACUCACUGACCCAACACGGCCUGGACCCUGCCAGCGUCUUCUCGUCGCUGGCCUUGUUCAACGGUCUGCGCAUGCCGCUCAAUCUGCUGCCGCUCGUCCUUGGCCAAGUGACUGACGCUUGGAACUCGCUGAAGCGAAUUCAGGAAUAUCUGCUGGCCGAGGAGCGGGAAGACGAGGCCGAGUGGAACACCGACGGCCCCAACACCGUCGAAGUGCACGAUGCCAGCUUCACAUGGGAACGAACGCCGACGCAAGAGACAGACGAUGCAGGUGGCAAGAAGUCCCCCAAGAAGGAGGCCACCAAGCAGCCUGCCACAGAGACGGUACUGCCUCUCUCGGACGGCAAUGCCGGCGACACGGCCAGCACUCUGGUCGAAGAGCGGGAGCCGUUCAAGCUCCACGACCUCGACUUCACCAUUGGCCGCAGCGAGCUCGUUGCCGUCAUCGGGUCGGUCGGUAGCGGAAAGACAUCGCUGUUGGCCGCGCUGGCCGGCGACAUGCGCAAGACCAAGGGCAGCGUUGUUCUCGGAGGCACCCGUGCUUUUUGUCCGCAGUAUGCCUGGAUCCAGAACACCACUUUGCGCAAUAACAUCAUUUUCGGCAAAGACAUGGACGAGAACCGCUACCGCGAGGUUAUCAAGGCAUGUGCGCUUCAACCGGAUCUCGACAUGCUACCGUCUGGAGAUGCCACCGAGAUUGGUGAGCGCGGCAUUACCAUCUCAGGCGGACAGAAGCAGCGGCUGAACAUUGCGCGGGCCAUCUACUUCAACGCCGACAUCGUUCUCAUGGACGAUCCGCUCAGCGCCGUGGACGCACACGUGGGACGACACAUUUUCGACAACGCCAUUCUCGGCAUGGUCAAGGACAAGUGUCGGAUCCUGGCCACGCACCAGCUGUGGGUUCUCAACCGCUGCGACCGCAUCAUCUGGAUGGAGGGCGGAAAGAUCCAGGCCGUCGACACGUUCCCCAAUCUGAUGCGCGACCACGCAGGCUUCCAGCAGAUGAUGGAGUCGACGGCUGUCGAAGAUGAAGACGAGUCUGCCCCGGCGCCUGCGACCAAAGAGGCCCAUGCGGAUACCAAGAAGAAGUCAAAGUCCAAGGGCCUCAUGCAGCAAGAAGAGCGAGCCGUGGCCAGUGUGCCCUGGUCGGCCUAUACCGACUAUCUUCGCGAGUCCGGCUCGAUUUUCAACGGUCUCCUCGUAUUCAUUCUGCUUAUUCUCGCACAGGGAUCCAACAUUACGACGUCGCUUUGGCUCUCGUACUGGACGUCGCGCAAGUUCGAUCUCUCGACGGGGGCGUACAUCGGAAUCUAUGCCGCUCUCGGCGCCGCUCAGGGGAGCUUGGCCAUGCUGCGGCGAGCCAUCACGCGGGUGCUGCGUGCGCCCAUGUCCUUCUUCGACACGACGCCGCUCGGCCGCAUCACGAACCGCUUCAGCCGAGACGUCGACGUGAUGGACAACUCGCUGACCGAUGCCAUCCGCAUCUAUUUUUUCAGCGUCGGCAACAUCAUUGCCGUCUUUGCGCUCAUCAUUGCAUACUUCCAUUACUUUGCCAUUGCCCUGGGUCCGCUGUUCAUCAUCUUCCUCCUGGCCACGUCCUACUACCGGCAAUCGGCGCGCGACAUUAAGCGUUAUGAGUCCGUGCUGCGCUCACACGUAUUUGCCAAGUUUGGCGAGGGACUGAGCGGUGUUUCCAGCAUCCGGGCGUAUGGUCUGCGCGACCGGUUUGUAGCCGGCCUCCACGAAGCUAUCGACGACAUGAACAGAGCCUACUACCUGACCUUUAGCAACCAGCGGUGGCUGUCUUUGCGGCUCGAUGCCAUUGGCAACAUUCUUGUGUUCAUUGUGGGCAUCCUUGUCGUCACCUCGCGCUUCAACGUAUCACCGUCCAUUGCCGGUCUGGUGUUGUCGUACAUUUUGGCCAUUGUGCAGAUGAUUCAAUUUACGGUGCGCCAGCUGGCCGAGGUGGAAAACGGCAUGAACGCAGUUGAGCGGCUGCAGUAUUAUGGCCGCGAGCUCGAAGAGGAGGCGCCGGCACACACCGUCGAGGUGCGGAAGAGCUGGCCAGAGAAGGGCGAGAUCGUGUUCGACGACGUCAAGAUGCGCUACCGUGCAGGUCUGCCGCUUGUGCUUCAGGGCCUGAGCAUGCAUGUGCAGGGUGGCGAGCGAAUCGGCAUCGUCGGCAGGGGGGGAGGAGGCAAGUCGAGCAUCAUGUCGACGCUCUUCCGGCUGGUGGAGAUAUCGGGUGGCCACAUCACGAUUGAUGGCAUCGACAUAUCGACCAUCGGGCUGAGUGACCUGCGAUCGCGCUUGGCCAUCAUCCCACAGGACCCAACGCUGUUCCGGGGCACAGUUCGGAGCAAUCUUGACCCGUUCAACGAGCACACCGAUCUGGAGCUCUGGGAGGCACUUCGUCAGGCCGAUCUUGUCUCAGACGAAGCGGCGGAGCAGGCAACAGCAGAUAUCAACGAGCCUGGAAGUGGUGGCGAGACGCGAGACGCGGGGCGCAUCCAGCUAGACAGCGUGGUCGAGGAGGACGGCCUGAACUUCUCGCUCGGCCAGCGGCAACUGAUGGCUUUGGGCCGUGCGCUGGUGCGCGGAAGUCAGAUUAUUGUGUGUGACGAGGCGACAUCGUCGGUCGACAUGGAGACAGACGACAAGAUCCAGCAGACGAUUGCGUCUGGCUUCCGGGGCAACAGGCUACGGUACAUUGCCCACCGCCUGCGGACAAUCGUGGGGUAUGAUCGCAUCUGUGUGAUGGACCAGGGUCGCAUUGCUGAAUUGGACAGCCCAUUGGUGUUGUGGCAGAAGGAGGGCGGCAUCUUUCGGAGCAUGUGCGAGCGGAGCGGAUUCGAGAAGAAGACAUCCGACAGGCCCAGGGCAAGCUGGACAGCUAUGUGGCUAGCCAAGAGGGCAAGCAGAAGGAUCUGUCGAUCUGAAGCCCAUGAUCUUGUGCCGAGGAGAUAUCCAGGACAUAUGUUGGCAUAUUCGAUCGUCUAA